AUGAGCGCCAUGCGGCUGCUGCUGCUCGCCGUGCUGGUAUCCUUCUCCUUCGCCCGCGCCGGCUGCGAGCCCAAGAUCGUCAACAUCGGCGCGGUGCUGAGCACCAAGAAGCACGAGCAGGUCUUCCGCGAGGCCAUCGCCCAGGCCAACAAGCGGCACGGCACCUGGAAGAUCCAGCUCAACGCCACCUCCGUCACGCACAAGCCCAAUGCCAUCCAGAUGGCCCUCUCCGUCUGCGAGGACCUCAUCUCCAGCCAGGUCUAUGCCAUCUUAGUGAGUCAUCCACCAGCUCCAAAUGACCACUUAACACCAACGCCUGUGUCCUACACAGCUGGAUUCUAUAGGAUCCCUGUCAUUGGGUUGACAACGCGCAUGUCCAUAUAUUCAGAUAAGAGUAUCCACUUGUCUUUCCUGCGCACCGUCCCCCCUUACUCUCACCAGUCCAACGUCUGGUUUGAGAUGAUGCGCUUUUACAAGUGGAAUCACAUCAUCCUCAUCGUCAGCGACGACCAUGAAGGGCGGGCUGCCCAAAAGAAACUGGAGACCCUCUUGGAAGAGAAAGAGUCCAAGGCUGAGAAAGUGCUACAAUUUGAACCGGGAACAAAAAAUGUGACUUCACUGCUCCUGGAAGCCAAGGAACUCGAGGCGCGGGUCAUAAUCUUGUCUGCAAGUGAGGAUGAUGCUACAACCGUGUACACAGCAGCAGCUAAAGAAAACAUGACUGGCCCAGGCUACGUGUGGCUGGUGGGAGAAAGGGAGAUCUCAGGCAAUGCCCUGCGCAAUGCCCCAGAAGGCCUGAUUGGUUUGCAGCUCAUGAAUGGGAAGAAUGAGUCUGCCCACAUCAGAGAUGCUGUGGCGAUGGUGGCCCAGGCUGUGCACGACUUGUUUGAGAAAGAGAACAUUACAGACCCCCCAAGGGGGUGCGUGGGAAACACCAACAUCUGGAAGACGGGGCCCCUGUUCAAGAGGGUGCUGAUGCACUCCAAGUAUGCGGAUGGCAUAACUGGCAGGGUGGAGUUCAAUGAAGACGGAGACAGAAAAUAUGCCAACUACAGCGUCAUGAAUCUGCAGAACAACAAAUUGGUCCAAGUUGGAGUCUACAAUGGCAGCCAUUUUCUGCCGAAUGACCGCAAGAUCAUCUGGCCUGGAGGAGAAACAGAGACACCCCAGGGUUAUGAAAUGUCUACAAAGCUAAAGAUUGUCACCAUCCACCAAGAGCCCUUUGUCUACGUGAAGCCAACUCUAGCAGAUGGGAAGUGCAAAUCGCUCCUUAACAGCACUGGGGGUUUGGUGCAGCAAGUCCUCUGCACAGGGCCAAACGAGACCAUGCCAGGCCGUCCAAGCGUGAUGUUGUGUUGCUUUGGCUUCUGCAUUGACUUACUGAUCAAGCUCGCGAAGACAAUGAAUUUCACCUAUGAAGUUCAUCUUGUGGGCGAUGGUAAAUUUGGCACUCAAGAGCGGGUGAACAACAGCAACAAGAAGGAGUGGAACGGGAUGAUGGGGGAGCUGCUGAGUGGCCAGGCAGACAUGAUCGUGGCUCCACUGACCAUCAACAAUGAGCGGGCACAGUACAUUGAGUUCUCCAAACCGUUCAAGUACCAGGGACUCACCAUUCUAGUCAAAAAGGAAAUUCCCCGCAGCACCCUGGACUCAUUCAUGCAACCAUUCCAGAGCACUCUGUGGCUUUUGGUGGGGCUCUCAGUGCAUGUGGUGGCAGUGAUGUUAUAUCUCCUGGACCGCUUCAGUCCGUUUGGCCGGUUUAAAGUGAACAGUGAGGAAGAAGAAGAGGAUGCCUUGACGCUCUCUUCUGCCAUGUGGUUUUCCUGGGGAGUCUUGCUGAACUCUGGCAUUGGAGAAGGCGCUCCCCGGAGCUUCUCUGCUCGAAUCCUCGGGAUGGUGUGGGCUGGAUUUGCCAUGAUUAUCGUAGCCUCAUACACUGCCAACCUGGCUGCCUUCCUGGUGUUAGACAGACCAGAGGAGCGAAUCACAGGCAUCAAUGACCCCAGGUUGCGAAACCCAUCUGAUAAGUUCAUCUAUGCCACCGUGAAGCAGAGUUCUGUGGACAUUUACUUCCGGCGGCAGGUGGAGCUCAGCACCAUGUACCGGCACAUGGAAAAACACAACUAUGAGAGUGCUGCUGAAGCCAUCCAGGCUGUCCGCGACAACAAGCUCCAUGCAUUCAUCUGGGACUCAGCUGUACUGGAAUUCGAGGCUUCGCAGAAGUGUGACCUGGUGACCACAGGGGAACUCUUCUUUCGCUCCGGCUUUGGCAUCGGGAUGCGCAAGGACAGUCCCUGGAAACAGAAUGUCUCCCUGGCCAUCCUUAACCUCCAUGAGAACGGCUUCAUGGAAGAGCUUGACAAGACAUGGGUGAGGUAUCAAGAGUGUGAUUCCCGUAGCAAUGCCCCGGCAACGCUCACCUUUGAGAACAUGGCAGGUGUGUUCAUGCUGGUGGCUGGAGGUAUUGUGGCCGGGAUAUUUUUAAUAUUCAUAGAAAUAGCAUACAAAAGGCAUAAAGACGCCCGGAGGAAGCAGAUGCAACUGGCGUUUGCGGCUGUUAAUGUGUGGCGGAAAAACCUGCAGGAUAGAAAAAGUGGUAGAGCAGAACCAGACCCUAAAAAGAAAGCCACUUUUAGGUCCAUCACCUCUACCCUGGCCUCAAGCUUCAAGAGACGUAGGUCAUCCAAAGACACGCAGUAUCAUCCCACAGACAUCACUGGGCAGCUCAACCUCUCUGACCCCUCUGUCAGCACUGUCGUGUGACAACUGGGUGCCAUCCCAUCCAUCUGCAAGCUCAAAAGAGACAGACCAAUGGAGACUCUGAUGGGGCCUUCCUGGAGACACCGAAGGGAAGCCUUUGCCAUCCAUCCAAUGUCUGCAUUGCUUUCUUCCCCACCCCUACCCCCCCAGCCAUUAUAGAUCUCCCUCUUUGCCUGGGGCCUGGGGAUGAACUACGGCGGCCCUUUUCCCAGGGCUGCUGGCCUCCAUUCUUUCUCUUUGAGACAUAACAGACACAGAGAAGGUGGUGGCCCUACCGACCACACCAAGGGUGGACUGAACAUUUACAGAAACAGAGUUCCUUGGCAGCGGGGAGAGAAUCUCUUUAUCAACCAUGCAUGCACGGAGCCUCCUACACCCACCUUAUCUCAACAUUUUUUCACAUAAUGUUAAAGGACAGUGGUGCUUCUGGAUCAUUAUACAUAGCGGUUCCUGUGAAACAAUUGCCCAUUGCCCAGAGAGAAAGCUCUGAUGAUGCAACGCAUGUUCUUGCUGGCAGCAGCUGGGAUGAUCCUGCCCAUGUACAUAUACACAGUGCCAACAGCAUUGUCCUUUCCGGGGGGGUGCAUGGUGUCUGCUCCCCUUCAUGUUGUCCGUUUUGGGGCUCAUU